AUGUACACGGAGUGGGAGCAGUGCGCAGCUGUCAAACGCUUGACGAGAGAGGAACUGCAGCGAAGCGUAGAUCGUCUCAGUCAUAGCCACCGGCCCGAGGUAGAGCUGAAGCCGCUUGUGCCGCGCAGCACUAUCACCAAAGAGGCGCUCGACAAGCGCAUUCAUCAUCUCUACGACGAGUCUCUGGAGCGACGGCAGCGUGAACGCGAGGAGGUGGCGCAACAGGUGGACGCUGCGAUAAAGAGGGAUGCCACCAUCACAGUGACUAAAAUUACCCCUCGGGAGGAGGAGGCCCUAGUGCGCCACCUCUACGACGAGGCCGUGGCUAUGAAAAAGAGAAACUUCGACCGACUGUACGAGCACGAGACCUCGCACUACGAGCGCAACACGCCAAAGCUGACGGUCAAGAAACAGAUGUCCGCGACAGACCGUCUCUACCGCGAAGGGAUGGCACGGGAGCGUAAGAAGCACAUCGCUUUGUACGAGAAAUACGUUGUUGGUCGUCACCAGCCGCCAUUGCUGCGCCCUGCGGCUGAGUUAGCGGCAUCUGCUGAGAAGAUGACGAGGGGCGAGGGUGUGAUCUCUUGA